UCAUUUCCAUCACAUCAGUCAUAGAUGCUCAGCUACUUUGCCAUUGUCUCCACAAACAAGAACAACGAACGUCAACUGUCUCUUUUUGAAUACAACUAGCCAAAAUGGUUAAAGUCAAGUGCUCAGAUUUGCGGACGAAGGACAAGAAGGAGCUGACCAAGCAGCUCGAUGACCUCAAAAUGGAACUUUUGAACCUUCGGGUUGCAAAAGUGACCGGAGGCGCACCGUCGAAGCUAUCAAAAAUCCGCGUCGUGCGUAAGGCUAUCGCCCGUGUGUACAUUGUCAUGCACCAACAGCAGAAGAUGAAUUUGCGCAAGUUGUACAGGGACAAGAAGUACAAACCACUUGACUUGAGAAAAAAGAAGACCCGCGCCAUGCGUAAGGCUCUGUCGCCGAGGGACGCCAACCGCAAGACCCUCAAGGAGAUUCGCAAGAGGUCGAUAUAUCCACCACGCAAAUUCGCUGUCAAGGCAUAAGACGUGAAAUAAAUCUGUUUUACUUAAGAAAACA